AUGUGUCUCCCACAUCACCCCUUCCCUCUCUUCCCUUCUGUCUAUUGCCGGACGGAGAUCACGCAGACGGCUAAGCAGACAGGUGGAGAGUUGCGAGCUGCUGAUCAAAGUCGCAGUAUGCGCAUACAAUUUUGGACAGGGAAUGAGUGA